GAACCAUUUCGCGGGUCGAGAUUCAAAAUUUCCCGCCAUUCCGACGUUAAUCAAUCGCGAUGCGAGAUCGACAUCGUCGACUGUUGACGGGUCAGUGCUGCUGCAGUCACCAGUAGCAGGUGCAUCAUCGAGUCAUAGGUGCAUCGACUUCGAAGCCUAUAUGUCGAAGCUGGCGAGUUUUCUCGUGUGAGUUCAAAAUAACGGAGGUCCGCACGACGAACACCUGUUUCCUGUCUCUUACGCGAUGUCGCCCGCUGCCCGCGUCGUUCCCGCAGCAUCGAGGGUCGCGCGUCGCGGUUAGAGCGACCUGGUGUCACGGUCCUCACGGUCUGUCAAUCUCUCCCUUGUACUCCCGUGUGUACGUCUGCACAGGCGAAUGUGACUGUAAUACAGGCGUAGACGACAAAACCACGGAUCUCGCUAGUGCGAUACGUCAACGUAAGAUGGAUCCAAGGGGCCCUCCUGAGGGGGCCCCUGCCGAGUCCUUCGAGAUAUCCAGCAUCGACAGGGGGGCUGACACCUCGGUGAAUUGGCCUACGGAUCACUCUUUCGCUACGUCCCUGUGCGAACAACCGAAGAAGCUGAAUAACAGGCUUUUGUUCUUGACUGUGGAAUAUGUGGAGGAUCAAUCCCGGCUGUUUCCAACGUAUGAGCAGAUCUCCUUUUCUCCAAGGGCAGCCUCCCCCCUAUCUGAAUUUGAACAUCGAGUUAGCCCGUUGGAUCCAAAUAUGAGCUCUGCUGCUAGAUACUCUCCUACACCAGUUCAGUUACCUUCCUCUCCUUUCCAUAACUCCGUUGUCGUGCUCCAAGGCCCAUCCUCACCCUUGAUGUCUCAGCCCGAACCAAACAUACGAACAAGCAUUAAUUAUGUGACUCAAUUGGCUCAUCCGAUUGAUACUCAGGCUGUACCUCAAACGGACACUACUACAGACUUUGUUGGUAAUGGGAAUGAAGAUGGAUUAGUAUCCAGUGUCAGCAGCGAAUUGAUUUUAAUGCAGGAAACUGCACCUGAGUUGGAAUCUUCAGCGACUCCCUUAAUGCUAACGGGAAUACCUGGUACAGACUUUGCUCUGACUAGAGACUUCUUGGUGAUGCAAGACGAUCAAAUAAAUGUUAUCAACACGUUUAAAAAUCAGAACAUAGAAAUGGAGGACAACCCUAUCACUCUACCACCCAUUACUGAAGAUGCAAACAAGGAAAACAACAAUCUUGUUUUGCCGGAGUGUGAUAAAGAAAUUCAACAAAUUGCCAAAGACCCACUGUCCAUCGAAAAGAAGAAAGUAAUCGAGAAAAAAGAUGUAAGGAGAUCAAAACGGCAUAUUACAGAUAAAAAAGAUUUCUGGUGCGACGACGAAUAUGAUAGUAAUUGUGCCAAAGACGACAGCUCUAAUUUGACCGAUGUGUGCACAAUCGCCGAUCAACCUGUACCAUCGCGUGCUGUAGCAACACUGCCAGGAUCAUAUCUUUUGUUAAACAAGUUAUCUACUUCACAUGCUGCAGCGAAUGGCGUGACCUAUGGAGUUUUUGCGAAACGCAAUAUUCGAAGGCGCACACAAUUUGGACCCAUAGAAGGUGUAUUGUGCCCUUAUGAUGGCUCACCUUUCGAAAAUGCUUUACCACUGCUCUACGAAACUGAGAAUGGGGAAUUCUUGAAAGUAGACGUUUCUAAUGAAAACACUUCAAACUGGAUGCGUUUUGUGCGGCCUGCUCUGACAUAUAAUGAACAAAAUUUGAUCAUUUGUCAGCAGAAAGACGGAAUAGUGUUUUUGACUAACAGAAAUAUCUCACCAAAAGAAGAGCUAAAGGCUGGUCCCAGUCCGGAUUAUGCAAGUCGUAGAAAUUUGCCAAUACUCAAACCAGACAUAAAAGAUGAAAAAGAAGUGGUUAAUCAAAUAUCCACAUGGCCACGUUUGGAUGGUAAUUCUUAUAAUCGGCGCAUAAAGAUGUUUCGCGACAGAAAUGUAAAAGAAAAGGAAAACUCGCAAAACAAAUGCGAUAAGGAAUGGAAAUGUUCCGUGUGCAACUUGAUUUUCAGAAAACCAUCCUUGCUUAAUCUGCACAUGACCAUUCAUUCUUCUAACGAUAUCAAAAUUGAAAAUCAAAUAUCCGCAUGUCCGCAGUGCGGACUGGAAUUUCAGAAGCCGAGCGAAUUGGUAAAUCAUGUGUCUCAACAUGGUCGAACAACAUUGCCUAAGGCAAAGAAAUUAACUCCUCUAGGCUCAUAUAAGUGUUCAAUGUGUUACAAACGUUUUGCUACGAAGAUACGGUUACAACAGCACUGCUUGGCGCAUGGUGCUGAGGACCAAAAACCACUGCCAUGCAGUAUCUGCUUGAAACGUUUUAUGAACAACUCUGCGUUAUCCGGUCAUCUGAAAACGCAUAAAGAAAACAAACAGGUCUUUGAGUGUCCGAUGUGCAGACAGCUAUUUCGCCAAGGUACAAUGCUGAAGGAUCACGUUGAAACACACAGAAAUCAAGAUGGUAUAUUCAGUUGCCCUCACUGCCAGCGAACGUUUAUCAAGUAUUCGGUUAUUCGCAAACAUAUUCGGGCACAUCACUGCGAGAGGAAACACAAGUGUCAGCAUUGCGCAAAACGUUUUCCGACAGUCGACAAAUUGCGAAUGCAUCUACUGAAACACUCUGAUCAUAGAGAAUUUCAUUGCGCAAACUGUGGUAAACGCUUCAAGAGGAAGGAUAAGUUGAAGGAGCACAUGACGAAAAUACAUCAUUCCCAAACGGUUAAUGGAGAACAAAUACCGCAGAACAAUCAGGCGAAGAAAUUUGUGCCAAAGGUGAAUCCGAACGAUUACAAUCGUUUCAUUUACAAAUGUCAUCAAUGCCUGGUGGGUUUCAAACGAAGGGGAAUGUUAGUGAAUCAUCUAGCGAAGCGGCAUCCUGAUGUUGCUCCCGAAUCUGUGCCAGAAUUGAACUUACCUAUCUUGCGCCAAACUAGAGAUUACUAUUGCCAGUAUUGCGACAAGGUCUACAAAAGUAGCAGCAAGCGUAAAGCGCAUAUCAUGAAAAAUCAUCCUGGUGCAGCUCUGCCGCCUAGUAACCGCCAAAAGGAGUCCGAAUUUUCAGGAUUGCCAAACCCAAGUUUCAGCCAGACAGUGGGUAGCAUCACGACUAGUCCCCAGGGUUGCCAGUGGUGCCAUAAACAGUACGCUAGCAAGGCAAAGCUUUUACAACAUCAACGCAAGAAACACGCGCACCUGAUGGAACCGGCGGAUCAGAUACCACGAUCGCGAAACCGGCCACCGCAGAAUCAAAAUCAACCACCAGCACUGAACGACAACAACUUUGUGAUAUCUGAUUAUAUGCAAGCAUGCGACGGGGAUUUUCUGAAGCAAAAAAUAAUCAAAAUAACGGAUGAUGUUGAUCUGAUAGGUAAUGGUGGCCUGGAGAUGAUUGGUCAGCAGUUUGUGCGUAUGCGCGACAUACGUUGAGGAAAAGCGCGGCAUCCUCGACACGGAGGAUGAGCGUCGCCAAUUUAUCGAGAUAUGAAUCUCGCGACCUUUGUACGUAGCCGAGAUAGGUUACGUUUUUUUGCUGCCGUUACCAAAUCGAGGCGACAUCGCCUGGGCGGAGCGACGAAGCGUGUCGCCCGAAAAUAUUUGGGAAUACGCGGCUUUGUCAGCGUCAGUGCGAAACACUGGCCGCUGUUUUGUUGGUUGUACGCGUUGGUCGAUCGACAAUGAUGACGGUUAUCAUCAUCGAUAGCCUAGUGGCUUUGGCGGAUUUGUUGGAAAUGGAGAAUACAGUUUUAAGAAUACUUUGCUCGAGCCUCGAAAUGAAAAAGAGAAAUGCCUAGAAACGUUGACUGAAAACGUCAACGAGGCUCGAAUCUACUUGCGACGGAGAACAUUGUAGUCUCAUACAAUUGUUGAGAUCUUUUCUUGAAGUAUUAAGAAUAUCGUAAAGAGAAAAAGAAAAAAAAAGGUAGAACAAGUCCUGGUACUAUCGGCACGCCAUUUGCGCUAGGCCUGGUAGGUUUACUUUUAAAAUCCGAUGUCAUUCGAGUGUGAAGUAGAUGGACGAAAUUUAAGCAACAAGUUUAAAGCAAUGUUAAAAAAAAACCGGCUUAAACUCUGACGGCGGACAAGUCCGUUGCGCCUUAAAUCAGCGUGACUCCUUCCGCACGACAGUGUGAUUGGACGAGUAAUGUUAAAGAUUCGUUAUUCGCAAUGUAUUUGGCUUCACUUAACGGCGAGCGAUUGUCUGUAGAUUACGUGAAAGCUUGCGAUCUCUGCGAGGUAUCGUCCAUUUCACUUUUGCUCUUUCUCUCUUUCUCUCGUAAUUCCAAGAUCUCGUAAAUGCUUGCGUCCACGUUCUCAUUUUAGAAUAAUAUACAAGUAACAUGCGCGUUCUUAGAUCUUCAACGGAACAUACUGUUUUCACGUAAUCGUUUCGUAAUCGCUGGUCUCAUCUACGUAUGAAUCUAGUCGUCACAGCCGAGAGCUCGUUUGAAUCGUCGGCUCGCAAAAUGUCCGGUUUUAAAUCGACGCACGGUACCGUAGUUAUGUAGCCAAGAGGGACUUUUGCUCUCGCGAUUUUACGAAACGGCAGGAGCAACGUACGUGUAUUUUAAGCUGUGUAUUCCUGGCCGCGCGUUCACUCACACGUAAGCACACGUACACCAAGAGUUUCCACAAAAGAUUGUCCAAAGAUUGUGUAUUCCGCAACGUAUCUGAAUUCGGAUUAAUUGUAUCCUCUCGUAAACCUUAUCCGGUUGGUGUAUGUCAUUAAGUAAAACCCGCACGAACGAUUUUCACACUCAGCGAAAUUCACCGACGAAACGAUCGAAAUGACGUUUAUUUUACACACGAUAUAAAUACGGCAUAUAAUUACAAGGACAGGAGAUUGCAUGUUUGUCGAUGUCGUUGAGUACAUGGAGGACUGUAUUGUAAACAUGACUUAAAUAAAGUUAUUCGAUGAGCGAUA